AUGCAAGAUGAUAUAGCUAAGCUUCUUGACUGGGGAAGUGAUAGUGGAGAGAUCUCUAAUGGACGAUCAUCUGCUGUUACUGACGACAAUCUUGUUCUUGAUGUUCAUCAGUUGAAUUCACUAUUUCCGGCUGACUCUAGGGACGCCGAAACAAACGAACAAAAUAAUAAUAAUAAUAACAUUAACUGCUCCUGGGACAGUUUGCAUGGAAUCAGCUAG